UGCAGAACACAAGUCAUGAAUUUACCGACAAACGACAAUGAUACGACUAUACCUGCAACGGCUGUAAAGGGCCAUCUACAAUGGAGAGUCGUAGGCCGUAGCAGUAGUCGUAGAAAAUGUCUCCACUUCGUAUUGCUUUAUUAUUUACAGCCUACAGCAGAACAAACCUAUAGCUUUGUACCGUACAACACUGCGAUAAUACCGAAACAAUCAAGCAAAUUUUUGUGUAAUUCAAUUAUAUCUAAGAAAAAUCUCAACAAAGCGUCAUUCCUUUUUUCAAGAAUGCAUUGGAAAACUGAUAAUUUAAUGCCUGAUAAUGCUGAUAAUGAUGAUAGUGAUGUGAAUAUGGAUACAAGUGAUGAUAGUAAUGACGAUGAUGAUGAUGAUGAUGAAAGUUUAACAAACGAAUCUACAUCAGAUAGCAAUGACAAUAUAAUUCCUAUUAUCAAGGAAUCGAAAGCUUUGGCAUCUAUUUCAGCAGGUAGACCAUUACCUCAGCAAAACAACAAAAAGGAUGAUUCUAUUAAUUUGGAUGCAGAUAAAGUUGUUAAAGCUAUAUUAGAUGCAGAAAAAUUGCACAGGAAUCAUCCACCUUCUAUUAUAUUAGAAGAUAUGAUAACAGAUAUAUGUUUCCAUCCUAAGAUGGACACUAUAGGCAUAGCCAGUGUUACAGGAGAUGUUUUCAUGUAUAAAUAUAACAAUGAGGGUACUAACCUUGUGUCGACCAUGGAAUUGCAUCUUAAAGCUUGCCGAGACAUUGAGUUUAGUGAGGAUGGACGAUUCUUAUUCUCGACUGGAAAAGAUUUAUGUAUAGCGAUAACUGAUAUAGAGACAGAAAAACUAACUAGGUUGUACGAAAAAGCCCAUGAACAACCUGUAUACACAAUGACGAUAAUCAACGAGUAUGUAUUUGUAACAGGCGACGAUGAUGGGGUAGUAAAACUCUGGGAUCUUAGACAGAAGGAAUGUGAGCCGGUAUUUUCUAUAAAGGAGAUGAAGGACUAUGUCAGUACAAUGAUAACCAAUAGAGACGCCAAGUAUUUAGUUUGCGCUAGUGGCGAUAGUUUAACAACUAUAAAUAUACCAGAAAGAAAACUGCAUGUACAGUCCGAAGAACACGAUGACGAGCUAAUCUGUCUAGGUUUAUUUAAAUUGGAAAGUAAAUUAUUAUCGGCUAGCAAUAAAGGAAAAAUGUAUGUGUACAAUUGGGGAGAAUUUGGAUUACAUUCGGAUGAAUUUCCAAGUGUCACAAAGAAGGCCAUAAAUUGUAUGAUUCCAGUUACAGAAAAUAUAGUGAUAACUGGUGGAGAGGAUGGAAUAGUUAGAGCGAUCAGUUUGUUUCCUCAUCGUCAUCUUGGCAUAGUUGGACAACACAACUUUUCUGUCGAGACACUCGACAUCAGCAACAAUGGCACUCUAAUAGCAUCCUCUUCGCACGACAAUGAUAUCAAAUUUUGGAAUGUACAAUAUUUCGAGACCUUAAAUGUCACUGAGCCCAAAAAGGGUGGAAAGCGAAAGUGGCUUGAAUACAAUCUUCCUAGCAGUCAAAUUAAUAAUCGAUCCGAUUUCUUUGCCGAAUUGUAAUCUUAACAAUAAUAAACUUAUAUAACUUUG